AUGCAUGAUCAAAUCAAUGAAUUCAAAGAAUAUAUAAUUAAUCAUCCGGUGGAUGAAAUACGUUUACCUAUUUUUGUAUUUAAUUAUUAUCCAGCCAUUGAUUUUGCUGCAUUUUAUGGAUCAGUGAAUAUUUUUUAUUUUCUUUUAUCAAACUGUGGAUCAAAAAUAACAGACGACACUCUUCAUUACUCAGUGAUUGGUGGAAAUACAGACAUUAUUAAUGAAUGCUUAAAAGUUUUCCCAGUUGAUAAAUUAUGUUAUAAAUACGCAAUUGAAACACAUAACCAUAAAUUUCUUGAAUAUCUUUUUGGACAACAAGAUUUCAAUAUUGAAUUAAUUCAUGAUUAUUAUUGGGUACCUGAUUAUCGGUAUGGUUUUCCAAGAUUGGUAGAAUUCCAAAAUCUUAAAUUCAUGUUUCUUUUGUACGAAAAAGAUAAAAACUCAACAAUUCCUUGGUGUUCAGCAUUUCCUCAAGCAAUUGAAAUUCUUAAUGACAAAGAGCUGGAUUUAUCGAUUGUCGAUUAUAGAAAAACAUCUAUUCUACACUACGCAGUUCAUUUUGAUGAUAAUAAAGAAGUAAUAGAAUUGUUACUUUCACGUGGAGUUGACAUCAAUUCCAAAGAUAAAUUCAAUAAAACUGCUCUUCAUUACGCCGUUACAAAUAAAUGUAAAGGAAUUGUAGAAUUACUAUGUAAGCAUGGAAUUGAUAUUAAUGCAAAAGAUAGAAAAAAUAAAACAGCCCUUUACUAUGCAGCAAAGUUGAAUUUAAUAGAAAUAGCUGAACUUCUUCUUUCUCAUAAUGCAGAUAUUAAUAUUAAAGAAAUACGUGGCAGAACAGCAAUUGACAUUGCAGUUAAAAGAAAUUGCAAAGCAAGCUUGGAAAUUCUACUUUCACAUAAUUCUGAUAUUAAUAAUAAUGCAAAAGAUGAUAAGAAUAAUAAUAAACCAGCACUUCACACUACAGCGAUAUAUGGUCAUAGAGACAUUGUAGAAACUCUUCUUUCACAUGGAGCUGAUAUCAAUGCAAAAGACAAUGAAAAUAAAACUGCUCUUCAUUAUGCUGUCCAGCAUAAAUAUACCGAAAUUGUAAAAUUAUUAUGUUCACAUGGAAUUGAUAUUAAUGCAACUGAUUCUAAUAAUAGAACAGCGCUUCACUAUGCAGCAGCAAAUUUUGGUAUGGAAAUAAUAAAAAUUCUUCUUUCAUUUGGUGCAGAUGUUAAUAUCAAAGAUAUAAAUAACAAGACAGCUGGGCAGAUUGCAUUAGAUAUACCAUUUCCAAGUAUAGCUCGUCUUCUUUUACCUAAAACUGAAUUCAGUGACUAUAGUGAAGAAGAUGAAGAAGAUAACUGA